AUGUUCACUACUGUCACAGCCCUCUGCUCACUACCACAAGCUGCUUGCUGUCACUGUUCACUGACUACUGUCACAGUCCUCUGCUCAUUACCACAGGCUGCUUGCUGUCAGUAUUCACUGACUACUGUCACAGUCCUCUGCUCACUACCACAAGCUGCUUGCUGUCACUGUUCACUGACUACUGUCACAGUCCUCUGCUCACUACCACAAGCUGCUUGCUGUUACUGUUCACUGACUACUGUCACAGUCCUCUGCUCAUUACCACAAGCUGCUUGCUGUCACUAUUCACUGACUACUGUCACAGUCCUCUGCUCACUACCACAAGCUGCAUGCUGUCACUAUUCACUGACUACUGUCACAGUCCUCUGCUCAUUACCACAAGCUGCUUGCUGUCACUCUUCACUGACUACUGUCACAUUCCUCUGCUCACUACCACAAGCUGCUUGCUGUCACUAUUCACUGACUACUGUCACAGUCCUCUGCUCACUACCACAGACUGCUUGCUGUCACUGUUCACUGAAUACUGUCACAGUCCUCUGCUCACUACCACAAGCUGCUUGCUGUCACUGUUCACUGACUACUGUCACAGUCCUCUGCUCAAUACCACAGGCUGUGUGCUGUCACUGUUCACUGACUACUGUCACAGUCCUCUGCUCAUUACUACAAGCUGCUUGCUGUCACUAUUCACUGACUACUGUCACAGCCAUAUGA